AUGUCCUUUUAUGGUUUAUGUUUUAUUUCGUUUGGUGGCUCUCGUCCUUAUUGGUUUGUUUUGACCUCGGAAAGUAUUUCCUGGUAUAAGGAUGAAGAUGAAAAAGAAAAGAAAUUCAUGUUGCCAUUAGAUGGUUUAAAAUUAAGAGACAUUGAACAGGGUUUCAUGUCCAUGUCAAGACGUGUUACCUUUGCUUUAUUCAGUCCCGACGGGCGUAAUGUUUACAAGGAUUACAAACAACUUGAAUUGUCUUGUGAAACUGUUGAAGAUGUUGAAUCCUGGAAGGCUUCGUUCUUACGUGCUGGUGUCUAUCCCGAAAAACAAGAAACUCAGGAAAAUGGCGAUGAGGUAAUGUUUUUUGUUGUUUCUAUUGUUUUUUAUUCCUUUCUUAUUUAUAUUUAAGUAUUUUAUAUAAAUUAAAAAAAAGUCCCUUAAACUUUUAACACGUUAAUGAGCAAAAUUUUAAAUU